AUGGCGCAUCCGUCCAUCAAGAUCGACACCAACGUCCAGUCCACCAAGCGCGGCCCGCCGGACAGCGAUGCGAGCCUUGACGGGCUCGGCAGCGAGCAGGGGAAUCCCCGUCUGGAUGUUGGGGAUACGGCCGACGUCCCGCCGUUCCUGUGUCAAUCGGCCUCGGAGAUUCACGACAAGUUCGAAGACCUCGAAAUGAGACAACACACCCGCAUGACCGAAGGCUCGCUCUCUGACGAUCCCGCCCACCCCUUCGCCCUCGAGGCCGACCCUAGGAUUCGAGACAGGAAUCGCUAUGUCAACGUCCAGGCCUGGGCGAACUGCCGUAUCCAUCUGCAGGUCCCCGAGGGCGAGUGUGAUUUCAUCAACGCGUCCCCGAUCCUGCUGAUCGAUACCGUCACGCAGGAAAAACGGAGGUAUAUUGCAACUCAGGCACCGAAGCUUGGUCAUAUCUCCCACUUUUGGCAUAUGGUCUUCCACGAAAGCCAGGAGGUCGGCGUCAUUGUUAUGCUGACCAAGACAUUUGAAGCGGGCCGGGAAAAAUGCGCACAGUACUUCCCCUUGAACGAUGAGCAGCCCUCAAUGAUUUUGUCCGAUUCGUUCGUGGCCGACCAAACCCAGUCCCCAGCAGAAGAAGCCCGACCCAUCCUUGGCAAGGUCACUCUGUUGGACUCUGACUUUGACGAUAAAUCGCGAUCUGAGAUCCGGAAGCUGGAGCUGACCAUCGGCUUGGAGUCCAAGAUUGUCUGGCACUUCCUCUUCGCCGGCUGGCCAGAUUACUCCAAACCUGAGGGUAGUGAUCGUGAGGCGCUUCUGGAACUGAUCAAGCUGUCUGCAUCCAAAUCCAGUGCCCAGAACCCACGUGUGGUGCACUGCAGUGCUGGCGUUGGUCGGACGGGGACUUUCAUCGCUCUCGACCAUCUCCUCCAGGAGCUUGAAUCGGGCCAGCUCCUACAGGUAGCUGAUCCUGAAAUCGACCCGGUCUUUGAAACAGUCAACCAGAUGCGCGAGCAACGCAUGAUGAUGGUCUACAACGAAAUGCAGAUGCAGUUCAUCUACGAGGUCCUCCGAGAGCAGACCGAUGUGAAGCUGGGCAAGGUCCCGGCUCCGAGCGAGUCCCCUGGAGAUCAAAUGGACGAACCGCGUUCGGCAAAGGUGGCGAAGCUGAGCGAUCAGGCCGAGUACUCGCUGACGCUGAAGCCCGAAUUGGAGGCUGUCCCGGACCGAGUCGCAACACCGACGCACGAAUGGUUUGGAACUCCCGAGACCUCGGACAACGAGCAGUGCGAAGGCUAA